AUGUCAGGAGGGGGCACACAGAAGAGCUUACGGAAAGCACUUGGAGCCCUCAAGGACACCACCACAGUUUCGUUGGCUAAAGUCAAUAGUGAUUACAAGGAAUUGGACGUUGCUAUAGUCAAAGCUACAAAUCAUGUUGAGCGUCCUGCUAAGGAAAAAUAUAUCAGAGCCAUUUUUUCUGCCGUUUCUGCUACAAGACCUCGGGCUGAUGUCGCAUACUGCAUCCAUGCUCUUGCAAGAAGGUUAUCAAAGACACAUAAUUGGGCGGUUGCAUUGAAAACUUUAGUUGUUAUUCAUCGUGCUUUGAGGGAAGUAGACCCUACUUUUCAUGAAGAACUCAUGAAUUAUGGUAGAAGUAGAAGCCAUAUGCUUAACUUGGCUCAUUUCAAAGACGAUUCCAGUCCAAAUGCAUGGGAUUAUUCCAACUGGAUUCGUACGUAUGCCUUGUUCUUGGAGGAGAGACUGGAAUGCUUCCGUGUGUUGAAAUAUGACGUUGAGAUGGAUCGCCCAAGGACCAAAGAUCUGGAUACUGCCGAAUUGCUUGAGCAUUUGCCUGCUUUGCAACAGCUUCUUUUUCGUGUACUUGGUUGCCAGCCGCAAGGGGCAGCAGUUCAUAAUUUUGUGGUUCAAUUAGCACUUCAAAUGGUUGCUUCUGAAAGCAUCAAGAUUUAUCAAGCUAUAAGUGAUGGAACGGUCAAUUUGGUUGACAAGUUCUUUGAGAUGCAACGCCAUGAUGCUGUGAAAGCCCUGGAUAUAUAUCGGAGGGCAGGGCAGCAGGCAGAGAGACUUUCAGAGUUUUAUGAAGUAUGUAAAAGUCUUGAUAUUGGGCGUGGAGACAAGUUUAUCAAGAUUGAGCAGCCACCUGCAUCAUUUUUACAAGCCAUGGAAGAAUAUGUGAGAGAAGCUCCCCGGGUCUCAACAGUUCGCAAGGAUCAGGUGGUUGACAAUAAAAUUAAUGCCCCCAAGGAAGUCUUGGCUAUAGAGUACAAAACCACCCAAGAGGCGGAGGCACGCCCACCUUCACCUCCUCCACCUGAACCAGUGAAAGUGGAAGCACCCAUAGCUGAACCUCCUGACCUGCUGGGUUUGAAUGAUCCUGUUCCAGACACCAAAGAUUUGGAUGAGAAGAAUGCUAUGGCUUUAGCUAUUGUUCCAGUUUCGGAUCAACCACCUUCUACAGCUCCAAUUCACGCAAAUGGAACUACAGGUUGGGAAUUGGCACUUGUUACAGCACCAAGCUCAAAUGAGAGUGCCACGGCUGCUAGUAAACUGGCGGGCGGGUUGGACUUGCUUACACUAGAUAGCCUAUACGAUGAUGCAAUCAGAAGAAACCAUCAGAAUGUGAGCUACAACCCAUGGGAGCCUGUUCCAGUGGCUGGUGCCAUGAUGCAACAACCAGUUCAUGAUCCCUUUUAUGCAUCCAACACAAUGGCUGCACCGCCUUCUGUGCAGAUGGCAGCAAUGGCCAACCAGCAGCAGGCCUUCAUGUUUCAGCAACAGCAGCAGAUGAUGAUGAUGGGUCCACAACAGCAGCAGUCUUUGAACCCUUUUGGAAAUCCUCAUGCAGCCACUACCCACCCCUAUGGCCCAGGUGUGCCUGUCCAAGCAUACAAUCCAUAUACCGGCCUUUUAUAG